AAUUGCCUGCUGCCACUCUUCCCUCGUUUUUGAACGAGUCAUCCUUCUUUUCUCUCCUCUUUCCUUUUGGGGUUAUAUUCUUUCAUUUCUCAGUGGCCGGCCACUUUUAAACUUUUGGGUUGUCAUUGAACUUUAUCGGCUGGUUCCUGUCGUAGUCCUUUCAGUCAACUUGAAGCUCUCUUGCGACCUACCUUGUCUACCUUUCAUAAUACAACACCAUCCAUUUCCCCAUAUCACCUUUCGUUUAAGCUCUACAUCAAAGCGAAAAGUGUCACCGAAAGCCAAGAUGCAGCACUCAAUCUUCACCAACCUCUUCCUGGCGGUCUCCCUCAUGAGCACCGCCGCCUUUGGCAAAGCCAUCGAGGUCCCGGCCCCGGGCCCCGCCAUCGUCGUCCGCCAGACGGCCCCCACGACGCCUGCCCAGUCGACCAUCAUGUCAUGCGCCGAUUACUCCCGCAUCGCCAACCUUUCCACCGUCGGCGCGAACAGCACCUACCGCGCCACCUUUUUCGAGGCCUCGCCCAACGGAAACCAGUUCAACGCCGAGGUCCUCGACACUGCCAUCCUCAAGCUGCCGACCGUCAUCAUGGACCGCGCGCUGAACGAGGCGUGCGGGAACCUGACGGCGCUGGCGAUCCAGGAGGCUGCGAACAACUUCUCAAUCCGCACCGUGUUGCAGUUUUCGAACAUCCCGCCUGCUGAGCCGCUUGAUACCUCUACGCACAUUAUCUUUGUCUGUGCGGGUGCGUUGUUCUUCAUGGGUGGAAUUUGGAUUUCUAUGCCGUGAGUGGAGUUAUCUUGAAAUGGUGUUGGGGACGAGGAGGGAGUCGAUGGGAGAGAUGGGGCAAGAAGAGGUACAGGGAGGAGAGGACCAGAUGUUCAAAUCACCCGGAUUCUACAGACCUAAUGCAUCCUUCCUGAACCCACCCUUGAAUGCGGAUUUACCUUGAGUCGGAAUGGGACUUUGAAAUACUACGUAUGCUUAGCGCGGUGUUGAACAUGAAUGAGAUAACGAUACCCAAUUAAAGUCACUUACAUUACUUUGGUCGCUGUACUGGCAAUUCAUUUGAAACUCUUUU